AUGCCAACUCUCGUCAGUACACCAAUGAACAACCAGGCUGUUCAAUCGGGUCCACAAAUCACCUCCUUCCAAGAAGUUGAACUUUCCAAUCAAACCUUUGCUGAUUAUCAACUCUAUGUAACACAUGACAAUGGAGGUCGUGCCUUUGUUAUUCAAGUCAGAAAUGAUAAACAACACAUCUACAUUUACGAAGCUUCCUUCACCAAGCAAUCUCGUGAUCAAACAAGUGUAAAUAUGGUCGAACAAGAAAUCAUCCUCUCCAAUGGAGACAAGAUCACUCGAAAGGGUUUGUACUUGAAGGAAUUCAACCAAAGAGAGGCCUACUUCUUUGCUCUCAUCAAGGAAUUAGAUGCCAAUGAAACUCCUUUUGAAGUUUUCCCUGGUAUUGAUAAUACUGCAGAGGUCUUUCCAAGCAAUGCGUAUCCAAUACUCUUCCAUGGUGCUGCCCUAUUGAUUAGAUUUAUUCCUUCCAAUGAAUGUUGGUUCUUUGGUAUUCAUGUUGGUAAAUUUACUAUGGAUGAGCCUAUUCAAGCACUAUACAGUCCUAUUGGUAAUAAUGAUGUUGUUUAUGCCUACAUGUUCACCGACUCGAAAUGUUACAUUUUCGAAGAGGAGGUCUACUCUAUCGAUAAGCAAAUAUUGAACAAUAGAGCUCCAGGAGAAGAUAUUCACGAUUUCUUCUAUUCUCAUACUGAUCAGUGGUCCCAUGCACCAUAUUCCUUCUUGUCUGAACGUAUUACUGACAAGAAUUAUUAUGAUAAUCCAACCACUCCUCUCACCCAGUUGUAA